UCUUAGGAAUGAGGAAGGCUCUGUCUGCAACCUUGGAGAAGAAAGAUCUGCUCAUACGGAUCCUGACCCACAAGGAGGAAGGCAAAGUCAGGUGGGAAAGCCUCACAGGCCUUUUGCACCUUUAUUGUUGCAAACAGCCCAGGAUAGAAAACCAGGGCUGCAUCUGCACUGCAGGGAUAAUGCAGCCUGGCACCGCUUUAACUGAGAGAAAAGGUGAAAUAUCUGACAAAGGCUACAAAAAAGUUUGAUGUCUUUUCUGUCUAAAAAGGUCCCAGUGUCUCACCCAAGUACAGAUCCCAGGUUUCUGUAGGAUGGAGCCUGGGAUUUGUAGUCCCAAGAGGUUACUGCUGUUGCAAGCAGCUAAUACUUUAUAUGCUUGUAAGGCUCUUCCGUUUCCUCUGUUGGAAGAAGAGGAUUGCCUUCUGUUUCUAUUUCAAGGCAGCUGUCAAAAGCUCUUGACUUUGGGCUCCUGUGCAAGCCAUCAGUCUUAAGGAAUCUGAACUGAAUGGAAAGGAAAAUUGCCAUUAACAAGACCUCGGAGCAGGCAAAAUCCAGGGCAGGGAGGACAAAUGCAAAAGCAAUGCCACCAGUGCCAAGAAAGCCAUCAGAGUGCCCUGCAGGUGACAGAGUUCAGGAAGCCAUGGAGAUGAACACAACACAAAGGUUGUAUACUUUCAUGUAUCAUAAAAGAUGAUAAAAUCAGCCUUGGCAAGACUUUGGCCCUGCAUAAUUGUCCCAGGGCAGGAAAAAAUGUGCCCUGAUGAGCCAAGUACCAUUCACCUGUCUAGGUAUAAAAGUUUACGACUGGGCAUAAACAAGGCCUUUUUACCCUUUACAAAAAUUCAGUAUUCUCCUCUUUUCACCUUCUCUGCAGGGAAUAAAGGGGGAAAGGGGAUUUCCUCUUAGCUGCUUCAAUCUUUUUGGAGAAGCGGGAUACAAAUAAUAAUAAUAAAAAUAAUAAUUAUUAUUAUUGUUACUCUAAAUCUAGUAAAUACUCAAUUGAAAAUGGAGUAUUCCCAAUUGAGAGUCCAUAUACUCUCGAUCUAUUCCAAAGGGGAAUGGCCACUUCUGGGAGCUUCCAGGAAAGGCAAUUGGUCCUCUUGCUUCUUUUUGACCAGAAGGAAAUCGGUUUAAGGGAUCUGCAACUGUGGGCCACAAGAAAGCCUUGGAGGAACUACAGGGGUGCAUUCAAAGCAAUGCCACACAAUGCCCACUGUUCAAUGGGAUUUCCUCCCCCCCCCCCUUAUAGGCACAAUGACCUGCCCUGGCAGCUGCUGAAGGAAUUCAACAACCAGCUCUCCUUGGCCUCGGCCAACUUGACCCACCUGGAAAUGACUCACACCAACAUCCAGAAGCUGCGCUUGGGACAUGUGGGUGCGCAGUUCUGGGCAGCCUAUGUCCCUUGCGAGACCCAGAACAAAGAUGCUGUAAAGCGAACCUUGGAGCAGAUUGAUGUCAUUCAUCGGAUGUGCCAUAGAUACCCAGAUGACUUUGAGUGUGUCACAGACAGUGCAGGCAUUGAGAAUGCUUUUCGUGCCGGACGGGUGGCCAGUCUGAUCGGUGUGGAGGGUGGACACUCCAUUGACAGCAGCUUGGCCGUCCUGCGCACCUUCUACCAGCUGGGCGUGCGCUACAUGACCCUGACUCACAGCUGCAACACACCUUGGGCUGACAACUGGUUGGUGGACACAACUUCAGAGCAUCCCGUCCAUCAGGGUUUGAGUGAAUUUGGGAAGCGCGUGGUCAAGGAAAUGAACCGCCUGGGCAUGGUGGUCGACUUGGCCCAUGUCUCUGUGGACACAAUGAAUGAUGCUCUGGAUGUCUCCCAGGCACCAGUGAUCUUCAGCCACUCCUCUGCCUAUGCUAUUUGUGCACAUCGGCGCAAUGUCCCAGAUGAUGUUCUCCUCCGAGUGAACAAGUCCCAAGGCCUGGUCAUGGUGAACUUCUACAACGACUACGUCUCAUGCAGCCGCCAAGCCAACCUCACGCAGGUGGCAGACCACCUGGACCACGUCAAACGCGUUGCUGGAGCAGGCGCUGUUGGUUUUGGAGGGGACUAUGAUGGUGUUACCAGACUCCCAGAGGGCUUGAAGGAUGUCUCUGGAUACCCGGACUUAGUCGCAGAGCUGCUGAGACGGAAAUGGACGGAGGAAGAAGUGAGAGGCGCCUUGGCCUACAACCUAUUGAGGGUCCUCCGGCAAGUGGAGCAGGUGCGAGAUGCGCUGGCUCACCAAGCCGUGGCUCCGGAUGACCUCCCCAUUGCAUUUGAGGCGCUUCAAGGAGAAUGUCGCACCCGCUAUGGGUACCUGGACAGUGGGGACCAUAGCAGACUCCGGCCGGCCGUGUCCGCCUUCCUUCUCUUGCUCCUAUUCCUUCUCUAGGAAACCCAACAACUGCUCCUUCCUUGGUGCAACUCUUUCUUGGGCAACUCUUCCUGGGAGAGAGGUUUUCCUGCGUGAGUCCAUUCUAGGGAAGCCAAACCUUGACUAUUUCGUUCUCACAUAAAUUGGUUGUCAUAGAAAAAUCAGAAAUAUUCAAAAUUGUGUUAAGAGGGAAUUAUUAUCCAGAGAGAAACAUGUUUUCUUUACAGAGCACCUGUUAUCUGCACAUUAUUUUAUCUGCAUAGAAAACUCAUUUUCUGUGCAGGAAACAGGGUUUGUAUGUGUGCAAAAAAAAAAAAAAAAACCCAUAUGUUUUUCUCUGCAGAAUUAAUUCCUGUACAAUAUUCCAGGAUGUCAAAUAACAGGAGAAAACUGUUCAAGAUUCUGACUGGUCUGGAGUUCUUGGCUGCCCAAAAACCCCCAAACAAACACCAUUUUCCAACCUGGUAAUGAAUAAUUAUUGAAUAUUAUUUGCAUCCCUAGUCCAUUCCGCCGCUGAACAGCUCUUACCGGUGGAAAGUUCUUCCUUCUCUCCCUUUGAAUGUCUACUAUUGUUUUGUGUCCUUCCCUCUGGAACAGCACAAAAACAAGCUGACAAUCCCUCCAGAUAUUAAAAGCAGGCUCUCGCCUAACUUCUCAGUCUUCUCUUCUCCAGGCAAAAAAUAACCAGCUCCCUUAAACUGGAACUGGUUGUCAUUCCAGCCUCCGCAAGACCUUAUGUGGAACCAAAAACUGACAUAUAGUGUUGCUGUGAGAUCUGUUUUAUGGGUGGGAAAUGGAGAUAGCAGGUGUUUUGCAGCUGAAGAAGCACCACAAAAUCCUUUAGCAGAUGGGUUCCAGUAUCCCCUCCUUGCAAAGGGUAGAACUGGCCAACAAAUGCUUUCCCCAUGAGGAAACUCCAUUUCCCCCAGCUGCCCAUUGGGAAAGGACCCCAAAAUUGAAUGCACACACUCCCCUAGGGCAAAGGAAGAUGGGCAAUGUGGUUUGUAUGUGCAGAAGCAAAGAAACAAAAUCAAAGUCUGCAUCCCAAUAGCCACCAGAACUGCAAAACCAGGAGUUUUCUCCCCUGGACUGCUUUAUUCCCAGCUGCAGCAGAUCCUUUCUCAGCUUUAGGCUGCCAAGCUAAAGCAGAAGUAUCCAGCUGGGUCCAUCAACGGGCAUAUUAGCCCUUUCUACGCCACCAAAAAGUUGCUCACGUUUGGCCAGGAUGCUCACAAGGACUCUAAAACCUAUCUGCCUGGUAGCAUGAACCAUAUUUCCUAUAUAGGGCCAGUGGGGAGUAUGGGCCAGAGAUGCCCACCUCUGCUCUGAUAUUCGUUUCUAUGUCCAACUCUGUGCCUGCCAACUCUGCCCAAUGCUUGAGGUUAUUCUGAUGGAUGACAUCACCCUUGUGACAUCAUAGAGAUUUGGGGCCUGAGCCUGGGAUAACCCUGACCUUACAGUCUUAAUUUCCAGAUGUAUUUCUUGUAAUAAAUUUUCCUUUUUUAAAA